AUGGAAAAAAGUGAACUUCGUGAAGUUAUAAAGUACUUUCAUUUGAAAAGUUUAAACCAGAAACAAAUUAUUGAGGAGUUGCAGACAGUAUUAGAGGAACGUGCACCCUCAAAUGCAACAGUUUACAACUGGGUAAACGAGUUUAAACGUGGUCGGAUAAGCACUAAAGAUGAGCCACGCUCUGGGAGGCCAAAAGAGGUAACGACUCCAGAAACGGUGGAAAAAGUGUACAAAAUUGUCACACAAGAUCGAAGAAUUAAAUUGAGAGAGAUUGCUGACAUUGUGAACAUUAGUUAUGAACGUAUGCAUAACAUAAUACAUGAUGAAUUGGGUAUGAAAAAGCUUUCAGCAAGAUGGGUGCCGCGUUUGCUAACUCCUCUGCAAAAAAUGAACCGAAUGUCGACUUCAAAAGUUAGUUUAGACAUGUUUAACAUAAAUCCAUCGGAAUUUUUGCGUCGUUUCAUAACGAUGGAUGAAACGUGGAUUCACCACUAUACAAAAGAGUCUAAAGAACAGUCCAAACAAUGGGUAGAACGUCGCUCAAGAGCUCCGAAGAAGGCAAAUGUCGUAGCAUCAGCUGGUAAAGUUAUAGCAUCUAUUUUUUGGGAUGCACAAGGUAUAAUUUUCAUAGAUUAUCUUGAAAAGGGUAAAACCAUCACAGCUGAAUAUUAUUCAUCUUUGUUGGAUACAUUGGACCAAAAUAUUAAGCAAAAGCGGCCACAUUUAAAGAAGAAGAAAAUUCUCUUUCAUCAUGAUAACGCUCCUUCACAUUCAUCUUGGAAAACGCAGGAAAAAAUAAAUGAGUUAGGCUAUGAAUUGCUCCCUCAUCCGCCAUAUUCGCCAGAUUUAGCUCCCAGUGACUUUUUCCUUUUUCCAAAUAUGAAAAAAUGUCAAAUAGUGAAGUUAUAG